AUGUCCACUCUCCACCUCGACGCAGUCUACAAGGGCCCCCAGGGGAAUCGCACCUUCCAGCAUCCCAUCCCCCUCGACCCCACAAGCGACACGGCAACCACCAAGAAAACCCAUCUCGCCGCGCUGCAAUCCCUCGUCCCCAAACUCCAAGACGAGAUCAAUGUCUUUCUGACGGAGCGCAUGGAAGAAGAAAAGAAGGCCCAGGGCCAGGUCGUUUCCGAGAAAGAAGCGAAAGAGGAAGAGAACUACGGCGAGGAGGUGGUCGAGGAUGAUGCUUGA